UUGUCCCUAUAGAGUAGGUGUGGUGCAGUCACACCUGACCAGUAGCACACAGGCAGCCGCUCAAGUGACAGAAAAGAAAGAACACUCCACAGCAGACAAAAAAAGAGAGAAGGGAAAGAGAGAGGGGGGAGGAGAAGACAGGAGGAUAGGACGGCAUUUGGGGAUACAAAGAGGGAGGGACAGAAACAGAGGAAAAAACGACUGUAAACAAAUGAGGCCAUACUGAGGCACACCUGGAGGCUGAACAGACAGGACUCUGCUUCUAUUCUGUUGUAGGAAAAGACAACCAACAACUACUACUGAGGCAGAAAUGGAAGUGUAUGAAAAAGGAAACUCUGCUAACUGACAAGAGGGAUAGACAACCAGAACCGGCUGAAAGAUACAUAAAAGUGUUGCAACCAGAAAGACCGGGUGUGAGGACCAAAAGAACACAUUAGAGCAAUUUUUUAAGGAGUGUGAAGAUUUUUUCAACAGCUUCGAGGCUCUCUACAGCGUCACCAUGGCCUCUCUUGGGAUGCAGAUGCUGGCCAGUGCCCUGUGUCUCCUUGGUUGGGCAGGGGUCAUCAUCAGCUGUAUACUGCCCAUGUGGCGGGUCACAGCCUUCGUGGGAAGCACCAUCGUCACCUCUCAGACCAUCUGGGAGGGCAUCUGGAUGACCUGUGUGGUUCAGAGCACGGGGCAGAUCCAGUGUAAACCCUACGAGUCAUUACUUGCUCUCAGCGCGGACCUCCAGGCUGCACGUGCCCUUACUGUCCUCGCCAUCACCACAGGAAGUGCGGGCCUCAUUCUGGCCUUCGUAGGGGGGAAGUGCACCCGGUUCUUGGAUGAAGAAGCACCUGGAGUUAAGGGUAAGGUGGCUGUAGCGGCCGGGGCGGUGCUGAUCGCCACAGGCCUGCUGUGUUUGAUCCCAACAUCGUGGGCAGCCGGAGCAGUGGUGAGGAAGUUCUACAGCGCCUCCAUAGAUGCUCAGCGGAGGGAGAUCGGCGCUUGUCUCUACAUCGGCUGGGGAGCAUCAAUCCUGCUGAUUCUGGGAGGGGGGUUGUUCAUCAGCUCGACGUGCCCCCUCAAAGCCCACGACACAGACAAGAGCCCCUCUGUCAGGUAUCUGGUGGUCCGCUCCUCUAACGGGUCCAGCAGGAUCCCAUCAACUCGGUCUCAGCCGGUGGGACCUGUGAUGACCCGGUCUCAGAGCUACGGGGGCGCAUCCACUGGGAUUCCGAUGCACACGAGGCCUUCGUGGGAAAACACACCUGAGAGGGGACUGAGGCAGGACUCUGAACGAUCAUGGGCACCAUCUACAAAGUCUCAAAUGCAAAGACCGGGUUCUACAAAAUCAGAGCAAAGUGAGGCACUGUCUACAAAGUCUCAGCUGAAAAAAGCAGAAAUGGAAGAGGAGUCAUCAGACUUGGUUAAGAGUGACAAUGAAGACACAUCAUCAAAUCCUGCAAAAACAUACCUAUAGUACCGUAAAACAGUAUACAUGUUUGUUUUGUUUUCUUUU